AUGGCUUCUCCGGAAAUACUCAGGACUUUAGCCGCCCGCCUCGACAAGGACCCCGGAUUCCCUGUGGAGAAUGCAACGCCCUCCUUCUGGCAAGAUCCGCCACAUGCGUUCGCGAAUCAACGAUCCGAGCAACUGCCUACAGAGGCGGAUGUAGUCAUCAUUGGCUCCGGAAUUACGGGUAUCAGCAUCUCACUACAUUUGUCUCGGAUAGAUCCAUCUCUGAAGAUAGUCAUGCUUGAGGCUCGAGCUGCCAUCUCUGGAGCCACGGGACGAAAUGGUGGACAUAUCAAGACUGUACCGUUUUCUGAUUAUGGCUCGCUCAAGGCUAAGUCUGGGAAGGAAAGUGCCAUCAAGAUCACCAAGUUCAGAUUGUCACAUCUAGACGUCAUUGUCAAGGAGGCUGAAUUGCUGGGCAAGGCUGGGGAGGUAGGCUUGGUACGGAGAGUGGAGGCUCUUUGUGGAGUAUAUGACCCCGUUGCAUGGGAUGCCUCCAAAAAUUCCCUGCAAGAUUGGUUCGAAGACUUCCCGGAAGAGCGAAGUAACUGGACGGCCCAUGAAGAUCCGUUGAAGUUAAAGGAGUUAGGCCUGAUUAAUGCAUCGGGCUGCAUUAUUGGACCUGCUGGUGCGGCUUGGCCAUAUCGCUUUCUGGGGGUGGUGCUGUCAAAACUCAUCGAAGAGGGGCAUGUUACGCUUGAGACGCAUACACCAGCUACUGGGGUGGAACGAACACAAUCAAGCACACAUCCAUAUCAGAUACAAACCGCAAGGGGUAGUAUAUCGACUAAGCAUAUUAUCCACUGUACCAAUGCCCAUGCGGCACACUUACUUCCAGCACUCCGAGGUGCGUUGUGGCCUCUGCGAGGUCAAAUGACAGUACAGGCCAUGCCUCCUGACUUCCCACGUGUUGGAGCCACACGUUCAUGGAGUGCGAUCUAUGCAAAUGGGUUCGAUUACAUCACACAAUCUCCAGGUGAGGAUGGGUCCUUAUACCUUGGUGGAGGAUUCGGUCAGGGAGGACUAGAGAACGAGGAGGACAUUGGGAGUACCGACGACAGCCAACUCAGCAUACAUCCACUCAGACAUCUCGAAGCUGUUCCUGGAAAAGUUUUCGCCAACGCAGAAGGGUCUAGGGUGGAAAGGAAAUGGACUGGGAUCAUGGGCUUCACAGGCGACUAUAUGCCCGUGGUCGAUCGCCUGACUGCUGAUAUCUCGGGAAGAGCAGAGUGUGAUCCUGCGGUGGGAGGCGAGUGGAUUGCCGCUGGAUUUAAUGGAUAUGGUAUGGUGCAUUCCUGGCUGUCUGGUAAGGCUGUUGCGAAUCUCUUGACUGGCCGUGAGACGGAGAUUCUUGACUGGUUUCCCAGGCAAGAAUUUGCCUGCUCAAAGGAGAGGCUGGCGGAGUUGCGUGCAGGGCCCUUGGAUCACUUUUUCAAGUAG